ACAGGUUUUAAAAUGAAGUGCACUUCAUGCCAGGAAUGGUGCUGUCCUCAGGUAAAGCAGAAAAGCAGGGUGCAUCAUGAUGGAGCAUGCCUGUAAGGCAGGUAAGAAAAUGUAGUGGGCCAGAAGGCGGGACGAGAAGCCCCCGUGCGCCGCUUCACGAUGUCCAAGAAGGGCGCCAGCGCCCGAGCGAAGGGAGAGAAGCCCGAUGCCUUAGCUGCCCUGCAAGCCGCCAACGAAGAGCUCCGUGCGAAGCUCACGGACAUUCAGAUAGAGCUCCAGCAGGAAAAGAGUAAGGUCAGCAAGUUGGAAAGAGAGAAGAACCAGGAAGUUAAGCAGAUCAAAGAGCACGAGCAGCACAAGAGCACAGUAGUGGUAACAGAGCUCAAAGUCAAACUCCAUGAAGAAAAAAUGAAGGAGCUCCAGGCUGUUCGAGAAGCCCUUCUGAGGCAGCAUGAAGCUGAGCUACUUAGAGUAAUAAAAAUUAAAGAUAACGAAAUCCAGAGACUGCAGUCCCUCCUGAAUGCGGUACGAGAUGGGGCUCCGGACAAAGUUAAAACAGUGCUUCUCACAGAGGCAAAAGAGGAGGCCAAGAAAGGAUUUGAAGUUGAGAAAAUAAAAAUGCAGCAAGAAAUUUCAGAGCUUAAGGGGGCUAAGAAACAAGUGGAAGAAGCUUUAACUAUGGUAAUCCAAGCUGACAAAAUUAAAGCAGCCGAGAUAAGGAGUGUAUAUCACCUGCAUCAAGAGGAAAUCAGCAGAAUUAAGAGAGAAUGUGAAAGAGAAAUUCGUAGACUGGAACAGCAGUUGGAUGAAAAAGAUGCCCGGCGGUUCCAACUUAAAAUUGCAGAGCUGAGCGCAAUCAUCAGGAAACUGGAAGAUCGGAACGCACUGCUGUCAGAGGAGAGGAAUGAACUGUUAAAACGUCUUAGAGAAGCUGAAAGUCAAUAUAAGCCCCUCUUGGACAAAAAUAAACGUCUCAGCAGGAAGAAUGAAGAUUUGUCACAUGCCUUACGUCGAAUGGAAAAUAAAUUAAAAUAUGUAACACAAGAAAAUAUAGCAAUGAGGCAAAGAGCUGGGCCAAUAAGGAGACCAAGCUCUUUAAAUGACCUUGACCACAGCCAAGAAGAAAGAGAAGUCGAAUCCCUGAGACUACAAGUUAUUGAACAGCAAAAUGUCAUUGAUGAACUCUUCAAGACCCUGGAAACUGCUGGCUUUGUAAAGAGCGUCAUAGAACGUGAUAAGCUGUUAAGAUUUAGGAAACAAAGGAGAAAAAUGACAAGAAUCCCCAAGCCCGUGGUGGAGACGUUCUAUGGCUACGACGAAGAAGCUUCCUUGGAGUCUGAUGGUUCUUCCAUCUCGUAUCACACUGACCGAACAGACCAGACCCCUUGCACCCCUGAUGAUGACUUGGAAGAGGGAAUGGCCAAGGAAGAAACAGAGCUGAGAUUUCGGCAGCUGACAAUGGAAUACCAGGCUUUGCAGCGAGCGUAUGCGCUAUUGCAAGAACAGGUUGGAGGAACAUUGGAUGCAGAACGAGAAGUUAAGACACGUGAGCAGCUCCAAGCAGAAAUACAGAGAUCUCAGGCUCAGAUAGAAGACCUCGAGAAGGCACUUGCGGAGCAGGGACAGGACAUGAAGUGGAUUGAGGAGAAGCAAGCAUUGUACAGAAGAAAUCAAGAACUUGUAGAGAAGAUAAAACAAAUGGAAGCAGAGGAAGCUCGAUUAAAGCAUGAUGUUCAGGAUGCCAAAGAUCAGAAUGAGCUCCUGGAGUUCAGAAUAUUAGAGCUUGAAGAGAGAGAAAGGAGAUCUCCUGCUAUCAACUUCCAUCACAUUCCUUUUAAGGAGGGGAAAAGCCCCCUGCAAGUGUACUGCGAGGCUGAAGGCGUUACAGAUAUAGAAGUAGCAGAGCUGAUGAAAAAAUUGGACAUUUUAGGGGAUAACGCCGUAAGUAAUCUGACCAACGAAGAGCAAGUAGUUGUCAUACAGGCAAGGACAGUUCUCACAUUGGCUGAAAAGUGGCUGCAGCAGAUCGAACUGACUGAGUCUGCACUGCAACAGAAGAUGCUGGAUCUUGAGAACGAAAAGGAGCUGUUCAGCAAGCAAAAGGGUUACCUGGAUGAUGAGCUUGACUUCAGGAAACAGUCCUUGGAUCAAGCUCACAAGCAAAUUCUGGAAUUAGAAGCCAUGCUCUAUGAUGCCCUGCAGCAAGAAGCUGGAGCCAAAAUUUCCGAACUUCUUUCAGAAGAGGAGAAAGACAAGCUGAAGAGCGCGGUAGAGCAGUGGAAGCGGCAGGUGAUGAGUGAGCUCCGCGAGCGGGACGCCCAGAUUCUGCGUGAAAGGAUGGAGCUCGUUCAGCACGCGCAGCAGAGAAUUAAAGAGCUAGAAGAAAGAAUUGAAGGGCAAAAAAGACAAAUAAAAGAAUUAGAGGAAAAGCCUUCUGAGGAAGCUAGAAAUGCUCAUACUGUUAUUAACAGGAAGACAGCGUUGGUUACCAAGCUCGAAAAAAAGACAUUACAAUUUCAGAAAGCCCCAAUAUAUCUUGUAUUUUGCCACUGAAGAUGGCAGAGCUGUUAGAUCUUUACAGCCCCGUGAGAGUGAAGAUAAAU